CAGGAAGCUGUGCGCACAGGAUGACAAAGACCCCGAGCUCGGAGUCCCAGCUGUCACACCCUCAGACUGUCUGCAAUAAACUGCCGCAGAUACACUCACAAUAGGCGGGCCGCGUGACUAUGGGCGUUCACCACUCGCGCGUCUCUGGCAACGGGCGGGGGCAGUUGUAAAGACUGUGCGCGCGCGGUAUGCCAGGAGUGCUGGCGGUCGGUGCACGCGCAGUAUCCCAGGGUUACCGGCUGUUGUGUAGGGCGCUCGGGCAGGUCGGUGCAGGACCAGCUGGGGGAAGAUGGACGAGUUUCAGACGGCGGAAGAGGUGAAGUGUCACGGCUAGUUCCCCCCAGUAAAGAGGGGAGGUCAGGCCUCCGGGUUGUGUUGUGUACAGUCCUUGUGUGACUUCCACGUAGCGGAUAUGAGGAGAGGGAGAUAUCCGCAGCCAUUAGGACUGUCUCCUCCUCGUGGGGUGAGGGGGGCCUGGCCUUCCCCCCCUGUGAGCGAACUGUGAGUGAUCGCAGUGACUGCUAACCGCCUCCCGGGUCAGCCAGCAGCAUGGUAAUAGCCAGCCUCUCCAUCCAUGUGCCCGCUGUGACCUGACACCCUGAGGGCAGAGUCCUGAGAUCUGAUGACAAGCUGGGGUUAACACAGUGUAAUCAUACAGAGACUGCUUAAAGGGACACUAUAGUCACCCGGAACACUGACUGAAGAAGUCUGGGUGUCCCGUCACACUUAGUCCUGCAAUAUACAACAUUGUAGUUUUAAAGAAACAGCAAUGUUAAGACAGCCUUUAGGGUGGGGUAGACUAUCUUUGGCACUCCAGAUGUUGUGGACUGUAGUGGCUCUACCAGACAGCCACUUGAGCCUUUCCCGGGAUCUUACCAGACUUUAGGUCAGGGGUCCUCAAACACCGCCCCCCAGCUGUUGCUGAACUACAACUCCCAUGAUUCUCUGGCUAUCUAUGUAAUUCAAAGAAUCAUGGGAGUUGUAGUUCAGCAACAUCUGGGGGGCCGGAGUUUGAGGACCCAUGCUUUAGGUCGACUCACACUGGACAUUUCAGUAUCUGUUAAAUCCCCAUUGGAAGAUUUAAUGCUAACACUUGUGGCGCAUGUGCAGGAGGCAGGGUGCCAACCCAGGGACAUCGGCGCUGGAUCGAAUAAGUGACUCAAUUAUUUUUUUAACCCAUUGCAUGCCAGGGGAAAGGUGAGGGAGUGGGCGACCAGAGGGAACUGUAGUGCUAGGAAUAUAGAUUUAUAUUCUUGGUACUAUAGUAUCCUUUUAACUGUCAUAAGUGAUGUAGAAGUUUUAAUUUAUUUGAGUUUUUAGGGUGUGAUCUUUAUUCUAGUGCCUCUUUACCAGUGUCAUAAUUAGUAAAGACCAUGCAUUUCCCAGUAAUCAAUAUAUUAUUAUAUUGAUUAUAACAAGAUUAUUAUAACAUAUUACUCUGAUAUGAUAUAUAACCAAGAAACCGUUCUGGUGGGGACACUCAAGGCAGUAUUUAAACCAAUUUUUCAAUUUAUUAAUCUUUCCUCUGAUAAAAUCUGUUGUCUGCUGCUGUUGCUUGUAAUCUGUAAACAAGGCACUAAACACUAGAUGUAGUUUAGUUGUCAAAAUUAUUAAAGUUACUUGACAGGUAUUCAGCCUCUAUGGCCUGAUGAAAGGAACACUCCAUGCACGGCACCUGCCAUACCAGUCUUUUCCAGUAGAAGAAGACGGAUGUCACUUUGAAGCAGAGCAGAACUGCAAUGAUUGGCUGCUUAGCACUUUCAGUCAAUGAUCGUACUGCAUUGCUCUAAGCAUGGUUUCCCAGCGGAACUCAAUUAAGUUAUCAAACCUUGCCAAAAUGGUUUGACAUCUUACUGUGGAACUUUGCUGGGGCAUUUGCCUCACGAUAAUCACUACAUCAGACUUUAGUGGUCAUGGUGUUAUGAAUGUACCUUUAAUGUGUUAAGUAGCUUUUAUCCUGCAUUUUUCUGGAAUGAAAGUACCCAGCUUUUAGACUCUGAGACAAUUAUUGGAUUGUCUAUACCAGUAACUUAGGAACAGUACAAUGUGCAUACUGUAGAACAAGGGUGUAACCCUCAUUUGUUAUGGAGGGUCAAAUUUAACAUUGGAGUGGGCUGGCUCCAAGCAUUACAAUGCUUUUUAUUUGUAAUGAUUUGAGUGUUUGUUUAUUGGAAAAAUAAUUAAGCGCCAUAACUGUUUUUCUCAGUUUAGUGGUUCAGAUGCUACAAGUUUAUGGUGGGAUUCCAACACCCCUAAUGAAACAAUUUUGGGGAAAUAAUCAUGCCUACCUAUUGCUCUUUAACCCCUUAAAGAUGGCGGGCGUUCUAUGCCAUCCUUUUUUGGGCGGUCCUAAACACCGGAGGGCGACCAUAGAAUGUCCAGGGGACUUACCGGGUCCCCACCGAUCCCACGACGGUGGUCGCGAUGCAGGGACCUGCCUGGGAACUGAAGCAGCCCCCUUCUGCACGAUCCGGCUCUCCAGGGUCAUGUGAUUGCGGGGUCCUUGCGAUCACAUGGCCGGAACAGCCGGCUCAUGCAGUGUCAACAGGGGGACUGUCUGAGCUCUCAGGCUGUCCCCUUGCUGCCUGUAAAAAAAAGUUAUUUUUUUUUUUUUUUCAACGGAAGUAAAAGUAAAAAAAAAAAAAAGAAUAAAGUAAAUUAAAGUACUUACAUCAUAUAUAUAUUUUAUAUGAUGUAAGUACUUUAAUUUGCAGAGACGCACACACAAACUAUUAUUUUAAGUGUAUUUUAAUAUUAAUAUAUAAUUAUUGUAUUAUAUAUUAAAAUACAGUUAGAAUGACGUUAAAUAUAUAUUAAAAAUCAAUAAGAAAAUUGACAAAAUACAACUAAAAAAUAAAUAAAAAAAUUAAAUUAAAAAAUAUUAUACACCUGUAUACUUUUGCUCGAACUGUAUUUUGAUAUUAAUAUACAUAUAUAUUUAAAUAAAAAUACAUUUAGAAUGAUGUUAUAAAUACAUAUAUGUAUAUCUAUAUAUAAACAAUAUUUUAAAAAUGUGUGUGUGUGUGUAUAUAUAUAUAUAUAUAUAUGUGUGUGUGUGUGUGUGUGUGUGUAUAUAUAUAUAUAUAUAUAUAUAUAUAUAUAUAUAUAUAUAUAUAUAUAUAUAUAUAUAUAUAUAUAUAUUAGAUAGAUAGCGAAGUCUAUAUAUAUAUCUAUUAUUUUUUUUAUUUUUUUUCAUGAUAGUCAUUUCAUUAAUUACAAUUUGAGGGUCUUGCCUGACAGGCAGAAAGUCCAGAGAAUAUGGUUCGCAAGCCCUAUGUUUUACCCUGUAACUUUCCAUAAAACCUAUGCAUAAGGGGGUACAGUUUUAUUCGGGAGACUUCGCUGAACACAAAUAUUAGUGUUUCAAAAAACACAUCACAACAAUGAGAAUGUCUGUGAAAGUGCAGUUUUUUGCAUUUUUCACACACAAACGGCAUUUUCACUGAUGGUAUAAUUGUUGUAAUGUUUGGAAACUCUAAUAUUUGUGUUCAGCAAAGUCUCUCGAGUAUAACAGAGCAAAAAUGCAAUGCAAAAAACUGCACCCACCAUCAAAAGUUACAGAAUGUAAUAUAAGACUUGCAUUUUCAUUUUUUCACAUUCAAAUUUGCCAGAUUGGUUAUGUUGCCUUUGAGACUGUAUGGUAGCCACUGGCGGAUCCAGGGGGGGGGCAACGGGGCAAUUGCCCCCCCCGAGAAAUCCGCCGGUCUUCCUCUCCCUCCCCUGCCAGCACAUGCAGGUGCCAGCCCUGCAAUGUGCCUGCGGACCGGAGGGGAGGUCAGAGCUCUCCCUCCCCGGUCCGCAGGCACUGUGCUGACAGCAGGUGUUCUAUCAGUCUGGUAUACUCCGUCAGAUUGCUAUACCCACGUCACUUCCGGUGAGGGGAAUCAGCUGUCUCCUGUGCUGCACAUGCGUGCUAGCACUCCUGCUACUCCUCCACAGCAAGGUCCUGGAAGGUAAGUAAAACAAGUUUUACACUUUCAUUAUAGUUAGUGCAUUCACUAAGCUUAGGCACACGGGACAUUUAGGGUUAAGUGAGGGUUUUAAAUGUUUCUCCUGAACUAAAUUUUAUAUAUAAUAAGUGUGGGUGCAUUUAAUAUGAAAGAAGUGAAUUACGGUUGGACAGACCUAUAGCCCCAGGUUUUGUUUUAUUUUGAUCACAAGUUGUACAACUGGCUCAGUCCUUAAGGGCUUAAUAAAAAAUAAAUAAUCUCUGAACUGCUUUCACCCUGGUUCAGUGCCCUUCUCUCUUACACUACUAACCUUAAUUUACUUAUGCGUGCUUUCUUGCUCUCUUAAAGGAUCACUAUAGGGUCAGGAACACAAACAUGUAUUCCUGACCCUACAGUGUUAAAACCUCCAUCUAGCCCCCUGGCCCUCUCAUGCCUCCAUAAAUGUAAUAAAAAUCUUAUUGUAUUCAAGCCUGAAGCUGUAACUCUGCAUACGGUUUGCCUAAAAAAAAUAAAAAAAAUAAAAAAAAAAUCUGUCUGCUGACAUCAUCAGAAGUGGUGGCCUGAUCCAAUCACAGUGAUUCCCCAUAGGAUUGGCUGAGUUUGACAAGGAGGCAGAUCAGGGACAGAGCCAGCAUGAUUCAAACACAGCCCUGGCCAAUCCACAUCUCCUCAUAGAGAUAAAUUGAAUCAGUGACUCUCCAUGAGGAAAGUUCAGUGUCUGCAUGCAGAGGGAGGAGAUACUGAAUGUUUGGAUGCAUUUUAGGCAGCCAUCUGAGGAGUGGCCAGUAACGUAAUCACUAGGCUGUAAUGUUAAACACUGCAUUUUCUCUGAAAAGACAGUGUUUACAGCAAAAAGCCUGAAGGUAAUGAUUCUACUCACCAGAACAAAUUUAAUAAGCUGUAGUGGUUUUGGUGACUCUAGGGUCCUUUUAAUAUCACAUUUUCUCACCCCAUACUGUUGAAAACAGGCUUUGCCUUGAGAUGGAGAAACUUUUCACUCCUCCUCUCACUGCCUUCUUUCUUGUUUAUUAUUGUUAUUGUUUCUUUAUUUUAUGUUUUGCCCCUUAUCCAAGUUUUUUUUUUUUUUCCUUCAUUUUUUUUUUUUAAACAGCGUUUCAAUAAUUUUUACAUUUUUUGAUCAGAAAUGCUAUUAUUAUUAUUAUUAUUAUUAUUUUUUUCAAACAAAAAACAAACGUUUCCAGAUAUGUAUAUAUGACUUUCAUACAUAAUUUGAAUGUAUUUCUUUCUGCUGUAACAUAUGGAUGCUAUACUCGUCCUGGUCAGGUGAGUAAGUUGGACUUUUCUUUCCCUAUGCAACUCCAACUUUUUUCUACACUGCUGGGUGUGAUUUGGGCCUCUCACAGAUUUUUCCAUUAUUUUUUUUUUUACUUCUUUAUAUUCGUCAACUGUAAAUAAUAGAUAUGGUGUUAAAAAAUUUUUCACUAAAUGUGAGGGGCCUAAACACGCCACAUAAACGUAGGCUAUUGCUAGGUGAGACAAAAACUCAUAAAUCUGACGUUCUAUUUCUUCAGGAGACACAUUUUAAACAUGGUAAGAUUCCAUCUACCCUAGAAAAAACAAUUUCAAACUAUCCUCUUCAGUUUCAUUCCACGUUCAGAUCAAAAUAAGUCUUAGAAGUCCUUUUCCGGUUUAUUAGCUCCUCAUCUACUUACAUUACUAGUCGUUAUGCGCUCAAAUUACAACAUUACCUAAACCUGGCAAAGCACCCAAUUUCACUUAUUAAUAAUGAUACUAAAAUAUACUCCAAAAUAUUGGCCAAUAGGUUAGUUCAAAUACUUCCACUUUUAAUUGAUCAAGACCAGGUGGACUUCGUUUUAAAUGUCAGGCCCCGGAUAGCACUAGAUGCUAAAUUAAUCUGAUUCACCACAUUAAAAUGAACAGCACGCCUUCUCUGCUCGUAUGUUUAGAUGCAGAGAAAGCGUACGAUAGGAUACAUUUGGGAUUUUUUAAAAAGAAGUUAUGUCAGAGCUGUGUUCACGUUGUACUAUAAUCCAACGGCUACGGUGUCCACAACUUGCUUUGUAUCUGACCAUUUUGCUUUAUUCAACGGGACCAGACAGGGCUGCCCAUUGCCGUCGCUGUUAUUCAUGCUGGCAAUGGAGCCUUUGGCUGAGUCUAUAAGACAAUGUACGGACAUCGAGGGUAUUAUGGUAGGAGAGAGGGAACAUAAUAGGCUUAUUUGCAGAUGAAAUUAUGCUAUCUUUGAAAAAUCCUUCAACCUCAGUCCUGUCAUUAAGGUCUAUCUUGCAAGAAUUGGGCAAAAUUUCUUACUAUAAGUUAAACACAAAUAAGACUCAGGAGCAAUUUCUUUUUAUUUAUUUUUUUUUUUAUAUCCCACGGCACAUAUUAAAUUAUUUAAAAGAGGACUUUGACUGGAGGGAUUCAUACAUCUCUUAUAUAGGUAUUAAUCUCUACAAGAACCUGUCAAAUAUGCAUACAUAUAAUUUAGCUAAGGUCUGGCUCGCUUUUAGGGACGACAUUGAGAGAUGGUGUUGACUGUAAAUUUUUUUUGGUUGGGCAGAAUAAAUUCGGUCAAAAUGGCUCUCCUUCCUAGAAUUUUAUACUUUCUUAGAGCUAUCCCCCUCACUAUACCUUCCUCUUUUUAAAAGAAGGUUCACUCUGCCCUUCUGGCAUUUGUCUGGAAUAAAAUAAAACGUGCAGAAUUCAAUUGGCUAUCCUACAAAAACUUGGAGUUAGUGGAGGUAUGUGUUUGCUGAAUUUGAGUCAGUAUUAUUUCGCAGCUAAUGCUCUUAAAUUUAAUUUGGAACAUGGUCGCCCGCUGUGGUUGGAGAUGGAGGCUACUAAGAUCUCUCCCUAUAAGAUAACUGAAGUGCUAUGGUCACUCUCCUCUCUUUGGCCGUGAAUGGCGAACAUGUUCCCAACCACCAAGAUCGGGAUGCUGUUUUGAAAAAAAAUUAAACCUUCUGCUUUUUGGUCCAGAUCAUGUUAGAGGAGUCACGGCUAUGUUUACAUUGCAGGUUUAAGCCAGCCUCUAGUGGCUGUCUUCCGGACAGCCACUAGAGGUGCAUCUGCGAUGCUGGAGGCAUAUUAUGUCUGCAUCACGCAGAGCGUCCAUAGGAAAGCAUUGAAAAAUGCUUUCCUAUUGACAGCUUGAAUGUGCGAGGCACUUGGCGCGCAUUCGGCUCCGCGGACGUUGGCGGGGGAGGAGAGGUCACCAGCGCCGAGGGAGCCCGGCACUGGAAAAAGGUAAGCUGCUGAAGUGGUUUUAGCCCCUUCAGGGCACUAUAGUGUCAGGAAAACCACUUACUUUUCCUGACACUAUAGUGAUCCUUUAACUCCCUCCAGACUUUUCAAUUUCAAACUAUUAAAUAUGAACCAAUGCUGGAGGGAAUGUGGACAGGUAGGCACACUUCAUCAUAUCUUUUGGUCAUGUCCAAAACUCACACAAUACUGGAAAGAUAUACAGACAUUAAUUGGAAUCCUUACCACUUUAAUUCCAAACUUAACACCUACAAUGUGCCUCCUGAAGAAACUCCUGGAUGGUUUACAAAAGCUACAGAAAUUAUAAUACGUCAUAUCCUGAUCUCAGCCAUACCUAGAUACUGGAAAUCGGACACUAUUCUUUCUAUAGCUGAGGUGUUAAACAAUAUAUUAGAGAUCAAGAGGUGUGAAUUGGCCUCUAGAGCACCCUCAUACACGCUGGAAACCCUAAGGUAUGAAUAAGGGACUCUGGGAGCGGGACGUCAGAAAAAGGUAUUUACUUUAAUACUUACCUCACUUGACCAGACACAAACACAGAAAGAUUUCCACUAUAACUUUUUUUUUUUUUUUUUUUAAUGGGAUACAGCAGAUCUGAGAUCUUUUUAUUGUUUGAUAUAAUACAUAAUUGACAUAAUGUUUAUAACGCAUACUAUUUCAUCAACAUUUGCAAUUAAUACUGGAAACAUUUACUCCUUGUAUUCCCCUGUAAUAUGUAUUUUUUUAUUUUUGUUUAUUUGUAAUUCAUACAGUGUUAUUGUCAUUUUUGUUAUUGAAUAACUUUUAAUAAUAAAGCAUUUGAAAGAAAAUAGGCUUUGCCCAAGUCUGACAGAGAAUGGUUUACCAAAGUAAGCACACAAAUAUCAACACGUGAUGCAGUUCAUGUUUCAUACCAUAAUCAUCUCAUGCGAAGUAAGAUGGAAAAAGCUGUUUGAAAUUAUACCUUUUGCUUGAAUUAGAUGUGUACAUGAGGCAAAGCAAUAUCUACUUUGCUUUGUAAAUAUAUACUGAUUUGAUUGGAAUUUCAUGAAAGGAUUAAAGGACCACUCUAGGCACCCAGACCACUUCAGCUUAAUGAAGUGGUCUGGGUGCCAGGUCCUUCUAGGGUUAACCCAUUUUUUUAUAAACAUAGCAGUUUCAAAGAAACUGCUAUGUUUAUCAAUGGGUUAAGCCUUCCCCCAAAUCCUCUAGUGGCUGUCUCAUUGACAGCCGCUAGAGGCGCUUGCGUGCUUCUCACUGUGAAAAUCACAGUGAGAGCACGCAAGCGUCCAUAGGAAAGCAUUAUGAAUGCUUUCCUAUGCGACUGGCUGAAUGCGCGCGCAGCUCUUGCCGCACGUGCGCAUUCAGCCGACGGGGCGGAUCGGAGGAGGCAGAGAGCUCCCCGCCCAGCGCUGGAAAAAGGUAAGUUUUUACCCCUUCCAGAGCCGGGCGGGAGGGGGACCCUGAGGGUGGGGGCACCCUCAGGGCACUAUAGUUUUCCUGGCACUAUAGUGGUCCUUUAAGAUUCUAUGAGUUUUAUCAAGCAUGUAUUGUUAUAAUCAAAAGUGGCAGUGCUGCUUUGUUAUACCUUUUUCCUCACACAAGAUUUUUAUUGUAUUCAUUCAGCUGCGGGUCCACAUUUUGUUAUGUCAGAGUGCAGUCCAUAUUUAAACUAUAUUAUAAAUAACGGUGGCAUGUUUGUGUUAUAGUAGAGGAAGGGAUUGUUAUGAUCACACUUUUAUAUAAUUUUUUUACUUUUUUUUUUUUUUCAGUCCUCCUUUGUUGUGGAUGAAGUAACUAAUAUUAUUAAAGAGGUAAGAUUUACAAACAAAAAUAUGCUUUAACCAAAGUUAAAUAGGCUCUAUCACUAUGGCAUGUCUGCAUAUUUUGCAACAACCCACAAAAGGUGACCGAGAUCCCCACUUGUUGAAAGUUAGAUAAACUUACCUGAAAUUGUACCCUGUGUGUUCCGCCGCCAUCUUCUUUCUUCAACUCUUGUUGCUUCAGGAGCUGCAUCAGUGCUGUAUUCUCAUACAUGUGCAACACUGACAAAUGUGAUUGCGGUAUCAUCCACAGACAAAGUCUUGCAAUCUGCAAGAAGAAGCCUGCUUGGCUGUGAGAAUUGACAAAACUUGGCAGCAAAGCUCGCCUUUCCUUAAAUUUAGAUUUGCCCUUAAGACAAACUUAAGUCCAUUUGUCUUGCUAUCGUUUGACUGCGUUGGGUUUUGAGUGAAUAUCCAACACAGUCAAUGCGAGUAUGUAUAAGAGUAUUCUAGCUGCUUUAAUGCAAUACAUUGAGUUAUUGAUGUGUAGUAUAAAUAACUACUUCAUUUUCCUAAAAUAUAUUUUUGUUUUGGAAAGCUGACAAAACACAAACACUGUCUUGCAUUAUUACGGUUUCUUAGAAAGAGAAUUAUAAAGAAAUAUAAAAAAUGUUCCUAUUCCAGUCAGAAUUUGUAUAAAAGGUCCUCAAAUAUAACAUUUUUAUGUUCGUUUACUGAUUCAAGCCACAGACACAUUUUGAUUAAGUUGUUUGUAAGUAAUUAUCAAGAUCAGUCUCCCAGGGCCAUUAUAUUGCAUUGUGUUAACAUUUUUUUUUUUUUUUAGUCCAUAGAAAGUGCCAUAGGUGGGAAUGCGUAUCAACAUAACAAAGUCAACCAGUGGACCACCAAUGUGGUGGAACAAACCCUCAGUCAGCUUACAAAAUUAGGCAAGCCUUUUAAGUAUAUUGGUAAGUAAUCUCUCCAUUUAAAGUUUGGCAUUUUACAGUUAAGGCUUGACAAACCAAAGAGUUGGGACACCACAUUUCUUUGAAAUGUUGCGGCUGGCACCUAACAAUUAUGUUUUUCUGUAGAGCCGAGUGUAUCUUUUGCUAACUCCUUUAAUGUGAGUCCAGUACAAACACCAUUGAACCAGCAGCAUUUAAUAAUGGCAGUUCCACAAAUCAAUACUGAAACUACAAAACUAAAUAUCUUAAAAGCAUGCUGUUGGCCAUUUCUAUAACAUCUAUAGAGGUAAUUUUUAGUUUAUACAGUGUUUAGUCUUGGUCAAGGCCUGGGCUGCAUGGUAGAGAAUGUAGCUGUUAACUGUUCACCGGUAUACAUUACCGUACCUGCUAUACAAACCAUAGAUCAUAAGCAUAACAUUGAAAAACAACAUUAGAAAAAAAACUAAACAAAACUAGUGCAAUUUGGUUUUACCUGCCAUUACUGAAAAAUCAUCUCAGGCUGGUGUAUGGCAUUGAGCACUUUAGUGUCCCAUCAAAUAAAAGUGUCCUGAUGAUAAAAAUAUGUGGAUGCAUAUUGACUUAAAGCAGAACUGUUUGAUCCUCAUUCCCUCACACCAGUAAAUAAAAAAAAAAAAAAAAAGCCAUCAUUGUGGGUGACAAAGUGGUAUUGGGAAAGUAUAAGAAAAUGAAAGGAGGUGGCAGAAAAACAUGGGGAAGGAGAAAGGCAUGUGGAUAGACUGAAUGGGAGAAAGCAUGAAAGAAGCUGCAAAAGUAGAAACAAAAUGGAGAAAGUAAAUUUAGAAAGUUGAUGUAUCUUGGACUAAAAGUCUUCUGAUGUCUAACAUGUGAGUUAGUGUGUCCUUGUUAUCUGCCCAAGCUUCCUUGGAUGUAAUAAGCAACUCUUUCACUGUACUCAUUCCCUCCACCUGUUCAAACCAUUUAGUGAAUAAGUACGAGGCGUUUUCCAAUGAAUUAGUACAAGGACAGUGGCUUUUUUUAUUUUUAUAUAGACUCCAUUGCUGAAUCUAUAACACUGGCCUCCCACCUCAACUGAAGAACUUGUAACUGCACGUCUAAACCUCUUGGCAAACUGAGGAGUACCCACCCAGUUGGGGAACUUUUCACUAUUCAUUGCUAAGGGGACUAGUGCAAGUUUAUACCUCUCUUAAAUGAAUAUUAUAGUCAGGAACUGUGAACCACUGUGUCAUAGUUAAGUAUGAACUUCAUAAGGUGGCCAAGAGGGAGGAAGGAUGAGGUGACUUCUAACAAAACUAUAUUUUCUUCUUGAUAGUGACUUGUGUAAUUAUGCAGAAAAAUGGUGCAGGACUUCACACAGCAAGCUCCUGUUUCUGGGAUAAUGCAACAGACGGUAAGGACAGUUUUAAUUGCAAAAAUAUGAAUGUUUUUUUUUUUUUUUUUUUUAUGAAUUAUUAUUAUUAGGAUUUCAGGUAAAAAAAUUUUUUAUUUUUUUUCUCAUUGUUAUUUAUUUAUCCGGAUAGAAUCAAUACAAGACUAUUUUACAAACCUGUUUUAAGAACAGGUGGUCUCAUUAUGCAUAGAUAUACCUUUUACAAAUGCUCAUGUGCAUAAUAUUCUAAUGUUAACCUAAUACUAAUAUCCUUAACAAUAACUUAUUUUCAGAAUCCACAAGAUCAAAUUUGUGAAAUUAGCUAGUAAUUGAUCAUUUUAAUUUUGCAUAAAACUCAUAAUUCAUUAAUUGCUUUAAAAAAAAAAAAAUUCAAGAUAAGAAAGUCCAUUAGAAAUUUAUCUUUCACAAAAUAUAUACAUGCACAACUAACUUGUCAUUACUUUCUUUGUCUAUUUUCUACAGGGAGUUGUACUGUGAGAUGGGAGAACAAAACUAUGUACUGUAUAGUCAGUGCCUUUGGACUUGCAAUAUAGCUUUCAAUCAAGAGCAACACAUUGAUUUAUUUUGUUCUGUCGCAAUCUUUAAAUUUCAAAUUUUGUUUUGUUUUUAUUUAGAUCACUGAGAUUUCACCGUGUGUGUUGAGUUACACUAUUUUCUAAAGUCUUCAGCUUAAGUGUAUUUACAAGGUGCUAUUACCUGAAAGUGCCACUAAAAACUUGCUUGAAAUGAAAUCCCUAACACACUAAUUGUCACUUUUCAUAAUUUAACUAGUUCUAAAUAAAUUAUUGUUGAAAACACAAUUUCUAUUUUUAUACAUGUGCUUUUACUAUAGUUUAAAGCUCUCUGCUGUACUGUGAAUUGUCGUCGUCGUCAUCAUCAUCAUCAUCAUCUUUUUGUUUGUUUUUUUUUCUUCCCCAUACUCAUGAGGGAAUAUAAUGGUGAGUUUUGUAUCGUGGUGAUUGUAGAGAGUUGACUGUGUACUGUCAGUAAACAGUUAAUUGAAUGGUAUAUAAAAUGUUUACCACCAAAGCAAGCAAUGGCAUUGCACAGCAAAGUUAAAUGUUGGUUUAUUAAAGUACCAAAUCUGGCAAUCAAAGGGAUGUUCUAAGGGCUAUAUCUGUUUCAGCUUAUCCAGUCUCUUCACGUUUAUGCUACAAGACGAGAGUUGUAAUUGUUGGCUGUUUGAUAGACAGAGCUUUAAAGUGAAACUACAAUCUCCACUCCUGUUUUGUAAAUUUGUCAGAUUAGUGAAACAUAAAGGUGUUUGCUGUUCCUGGCCCUAACCACUUCAAUAAACUGGAAUAGUGGUAGGUUUUAGUGUGGCUCUUUCGGUGCAUGAGUGGUGCUUGCUGUGAUCCAUCAAUCCAGUUCCCCUUAGAGAUAAGCAUUGGACACAUACACAGGAUCCAGUGUCUGUAUACUUUGCAUGCCCACAGCAGACAUAAAAUACAUUAAAUUACAGAAUCCACUCUAGUGAAAAGCAUCUAGUGGUUAUUUGUCUGAAUUCCUUUAGCGAUGUGAGGAUUAUAAAAUAAAAACAGUGGUGAUUUUCAGAAAUUUUUUCAUUUGCAGGAGCAGCAUCCAUGCCCCAAAAUCACUUCAUUAAGUUGAAGUAAUUUUGGAGUAUAGUUUACCUUUAAGUUUGGCUUAUUUGUUAUGAUAUUCAAGUGCUUGAUUGUAUAUCGUGCCAAUAUUUACAAAAAUAUUGUAAUCUAAUAUUACAAUGCCAAGUAUAUACUAAUGCCUAACUAUGCAUGGAGAGUAGGUAUACUAAAUUUACUAAUGCAUUAUUAGUAUGUAACACCAUGAGAAAAUGCAUGGCAUUAGAAGCAUCAGUAGUUCUAGGUGUUUAUGGGUCAAAUCUUAAAAAAGUUUGGUGCAAUUUUAUGUUUAAACCACACCACCUCAAGAAAUGUUUUUUUGUUUUUUCAUUGUCCUGAUAUCUGCAUGCUUUUCAUUAGCCUGUAUACCUGAAAGGAAAAAAAGUGAAUAAUUAAGAAUUAAAAAAGUUGGGUAAUUCACUGAAUCAGCCUUGUGAACCCAAAAAAUAAACAGUUGAUAAUUUUGAAACUGAAGUGUACC